AUGAGGGAGAUCUCGAGGUUAGGACAGUGGGCGUGUUACCUUGGGAAUUUGAAGUGCCUCCGUCCCAACCUGACUAUCACCAGGGAGAUGUUCUACUCCAAAGAAACUGGUCCAUUGUAUUGGGCGGAACAUGACUUUAACAUUCCGGAAGAAGUUCCAGAACCAGUGAUUUUCCAGAAGUUAUCCGACGAGAAUACACGUCAGCUGAAGCCAUUAUUCCUUAGCAUCCAUCUUGAUGGGAAGACGGUUAGCAAAGUCCUGGUCGAUGGAGGAGCAUCUGUUAACGUCAUGACCUUGUCUACUUUGCAGAAAAUUGGGAAAAGCAUAAAUGAUCUUGUCCCAACGUCAUUACGGAUGACCGAUUUCACCAUAAAUGCGCAUACGUCAGCAGGCGUUCUAGUGGCAAAAGUGGCGGACAGAACUAGGACAGAUCAAAUUACUUUUUUUUUCGUCGAAGGAAAGCCAACCUAUUCGGCUAUUCUUGGGAGGGAAUGGAUCCAUACUAUGCAAUGUGUGCCCUCGACCCUGCACAAGAAAGUCAUGUUUUGGAAUGGACAUCAAGUUGAGACGGUGGAAGCCGAGACUGAUCCUAUUAUGGGAGUACAUUCCGCGGCCAUAUAUUAUUCCCCCGAGGUGUACCUGCUGUCCAUGAUGCUAGAGAACACUGGGGCAUCGAAAGAAUGUAGUUUAACCAUGAAGGGGUUUGAAAUCAAAGUGAAGGCCAACGAACGGCCUGGACUUGGAGACAAGGGCAGGAAGGUCUGGCUAUCCGUUCAUAUAGGUAGGAGACCGUGUUGCUCCGUCGCCUGGAGAACAGAGACUGCUUCACAUGGGACUACCACGAGAUGCCCGGGUUAUCGAGAAGUUUGGUGGAGCAUCGACUGCCCAUCAAGGCUUCGUGUCCGCCGCAUAAGCAGGCCCCAGGUGUUUCAACUCCCAAAGGUGAAAGAGGAGGUCGAAAAGCUCCUUAAAGCUAACUUCAUUUGCACGUGCAGGUACCCGGAAUGGAUUUCUAACAUUGUUCCCGUAUUGAAGAAUAGCGGGAAGAUCCGUAUCUGCAUCAAUUUCCGGAACCUCAAUCUGGCAACACCAAAAGACGAGCACAUAAUGUCAAUUGCCGACAUGCUCGUAGAUUCCAUGGCAAGAUACGAAGUCCUAUCCUUCAUGGAUGGUUACUCCGGUUACAACCAGAUAUAUCUGGCCGAGGAAGAUACUCAUAAAACAGCCUUCCGCUGCACUGGAGCGAUCAAAAUCUUCGAAUGGAUAGUUAUGCCUUUCGGUCCAAAAAACGCCGGAGCAACCUACCAGAUGGCGAUGACUGCAAUAUUUCACAACCUAAUCGGUUCUUGCAUGGAGGUGUAUAUAGAUGACGUGGUUGUUAAGUCCCGGGCUUUCGACCAUCACAUAUUGGACCUUCGUAAGGCCUUCGCACAGAUGAGGCGGCAUGAUCUCAAGAUGAACCCGGCAAAAUGCGCUUUCGGAGUACAGACAGGAAAUUUUUUAGGAUUUUUAGUGCAUCAGAAGGUCAUCGAAGUUGAUAAAAACAAGAUCAAGGCCGUCCAAGACCUCGGACCCCCCCGCAACAUCAUGAGUUACAAAGCCUGA